CUAAAAAGCUAUGAAUUGCCAUCCCUAUCAGAUCUGAAUAUAUUCGACACCUCGCCCUCGGGCCAGGCCAAGUGGCAGAAGGCGCUGCAGCACUUCGAGCAGGUGCUGCAGCCCAUAGACGAGCGCAUGGCCGCCGCCUUGAAGUCGCAGCUGCAUCAUCAUCUCAGCAAUCCGCGCCAGGUCAUCUUCAUAUUCUCCAAGUACGAGAUGCUGAUACAACGGCCAGCCGUGCUCGAGCUGCUCAGCAUUGAGCGCGAACAGUUCCUGCAGUCGCUGCACCUGCUGCUCCAAGAUCUGCGCAAGGCCAUGACGGAUACCAACAUGGAGCCCGACACGGGUCACCUGUCGGUCAUAUGCAACGAGUGCCGCUGGCUCAAAGUGGUGCAAUAUCAGAUACAGGAGAUCGAGAAGGUCAGCCACUUGAUCAGCGGACGCGAGGGCUUCGACAAGGUCAAUAAGGCCGUGCAGGAGAUCAAGGAGGAAACCGAAUCUCUGCUGCGCACCAAUUUCGAAAUUUGGUCGGGUCAAUGCUCGACGGCGGUCAAAAGUGGCGAGCUGAGGUGAAUAUUAAAUGCCAACCUAUUGAAAAUGAGUUUUUGGCAACGGGGGCUUGGCAGAACCCGUGAUGGAACGCGUCAAUCUCCGAACCUUUGAAAGCUAAACUCUUGAAAUUGCGUUUGAGUGCCCUUAUAUCUAUUCCCCGCCUAAUUCAAUCAUUGAUAAGAUAAUCUGAUUAUCAGAUAAUCUGC